AUGGAGGAGCGUGUUAAAGAGCUAGAGCGCCUUCUCCGUGACUCUCAGGACGAAGUCAAACGGAUGGAUCAGGAGAGUCGGAAGUUGAAGAAAUCGUUGGGGGCACAUCGUACUAUACGACUUUGGGAAGAUAUACAGGAGGAGGAACACGAGGCGAGGGUAGGGGACGAACGGCUCACGUAA